GUCAGCUCAUCAAAAAUUCAGAGAUAAUCUGGAGAAUGGGAACGUGUGAGGCCGCGGUGCCAUCUAGCGGCCCUGGGAGAGAUGGCCUGCUUCUGGGCCUGUGUGGGCUGAGUCAGAAAAUUUGAAGCAUCCUAACAUGGUGUGGGAAGUGAAGACUAAUCAAAUGCCUAAUGCCGUACAGAAACUCCUGUUUGUAGUGGACAAGAGAACUUCAGGAAUGACUGAGUCAUUGGAGUUACUGAAAUGUAAUGAGAACCUGCCAUCUUCUCCUGGAUAUGCAUCCUGUGAUGAGCACAUGGAGCUUGAUGAUCUUCCUGAACUACAGGCUGUUCAGACUGAUUCUACCCCAACUGCGCUCUUUCAGCUUGGUACAGAUAUUUCACAUCAAGAAUAUUCAGGGCCUUCAUGGAACCAGCAUACCUCGAAUAACAAUUCAGAAAAUGCUUAUUCUUGUGAAAAUGGGGUGAACUGGUUGACAGAACUGGCAAACAUAGCCACUAGUCCACAGAGUCCUCUCAUGCAGUGUUCUUUUUAUAACAGAUCAUCUCCUGUUCAUAUAAUAGCAACAAGCAAAAGUUUACAUUCCUAUGCACGUCCUCCACCAGGAUCCUCAAAGAGUGAUCCCAGCUUCUCUAAGCAUCACUUAGAUGAAACACCAGUCAGACAUGAAAGGGCAAGUAGUGAAUCAGAGUCUGGUAUUUUCUGCAUGUCAUCGCUUUCAGACGACGACGAUCUAGGAUGGUGCCAUUCUUGGCCCUCAACUGUUUGGCACUGUUUUUUAAAAGGCACACGUUUAUGCUUUCACAAAGGACACAACAAAGAAUGGCAGACGGUUGAACAUUUUGUUAGAGCUGAAGGUUGUGAAAAUGAAGACGAUUUAAUGGGAACUUACAAGGACUAUGGUUCUGAUGGUUUGAAGUUGAUAUCUCACGAAGAAAGUAUUUCAUUUGGUGAGUCAGUAUUGAAGUUGACAUUUGAUCCUGGUACAGUGGAAGAUGGCUUGCUCACCGUAGAGUGCAGAUUGGAUCACCCAUUUUAUGUUAAAAAUAAAGGUUGGUCUUCUUUCUAUCCAAGCUUGACUGUGGUUCAGCAUGGCAUUCCAUGCUGUGAAAUGCAUAUUGGAGAUAUGUGUCUACCUCCAGGACACCCCGAUGCCAUUAACUUUGAUGAUUCAGGUGUUUUUGAUACAUUUAAAAGUUAUGAUUUUACACCAAUGGAUUCUUCUGCAGUUUACGUAUUAAGCAGCAUGGCUCGUCAGCGGCGCGCUUCUUUAUCUUGUGGAGGAUCGGGUAGUCAAGACUUUGAGCGAUCAGAAUGCAGUAAAAACUGUGUGGCUGAUGGAUCAUCGCAGCUUUCCUCCAGUUCUUUGUGUAGUAAAGCUGGCAAAAGCCACAGCUCAGGGACUGCAAGUACUAUGAGUGCCACUUCUCCUAACAAAUGCAAAAGACCAAUGAAUGCCUUCAUGCUUUUUGCCAAAAAGUACAGAGUUGAAUAUACUCAGAUGUAUCCAGGGAAAGAUAACAGAGCCAUAAGUGUGAUACUUGGUGACAGGUGGAAGAAAAUGAAAAAUGAAGAAAGACGGAUGUACACGCUGGAAGCCAAGGCUUUGGCUGAAGAACAAAAACGUUUAAAUCCUGACUGUUGGAAACGGAAACGAACAAAUUCAGGCUCACAACAACAUUAAAUCAGAAUUUUACUGUUCUUAAGUAUAUUUACAAAACGGCUGACACUUGAUGGAGAGAUUUAUGAAGAUCAAGGUCUUACCAUUUGUUGUGAAUUUGUGAGACCACAAAAUACUGGCAUUAUCAAGUCAGAAAAUGAUUUCACAUGAGUGAGGAUUUGCUUUUUACAAUAGAGCAUUCAGUAAGCUAAAACUAUCAACAUUUUAAACCAAAUUGCCUUAUUUUUCUUCCAGACUUCAUAUAUGUCUAUCAGGUAAUAUAGGCUUGAAAUGGAUAUCCUGUGGUGCUAAGUAAAUUAGGAAAAAGAAGAGGAGAUGUGUAUAAAUGUUUUAUUUUUUAAAAAUGUACAAAAUGGGGAAUUUUAAAAUAUGUAACAGCUGUUUAUACAUUGAUUUCUAUGCUGAUUAAUAUGUAUUGCACAAGCCAUGUAAUUAAUGAUGAUUCUGGGAGCUGGGAUUUCCUGAAAUGGCAAAAAGCAUUAGUACCAACCUAUGAACUCCCAGUCUGCCCCAUGCCAACAAGCUACCAGAUUGUGUGGUAAGUGGACAGCGUAGUGUACCGUAGCAAGAGAGUUGCCUAGUGGGGUGCCACAUAUAAAAUUUAUAUCCACGCUGUGAUGUUUUUGCACCAGCUGACAAUACUGUGAGCUGUUAUUUCCAAUGGAAAUAAUGGCCUGGGCCAGGAUGAAAUGAAUUAAUAGCAUUGUAUUAUCUCAAGAAAAUAUUGCAAAUUAUAAUUGUCACCAUUGUACUUUUAACUUUGUGUUUUGUCUCCUCUGCCACAUAUUCUAUGAUUAUAUUUUAUUUUGCCAUAAGAUAUCUUUAUGGUGGGGGCAAACUUUGCACUUACGUAGGUGCAACACUUGCACUUUACUUUUUUCCUCCAACUGUCUAAAAUUAGGCCAGAUACAUUAAAAUUACAGCUGCUUUUGCUGUAAACUUUUAUAAUCAUGGCUUUUCAUGUUACUAAACAAGCAGUAUGUUUCUUUUUUAAGAAUCACAACUGUAAAUUAAUUGUUCAUGACACAUGUCUACAGGAUGUUGCCCCUAAGAUUUUUGCACACUAUAUUCUUGUAUAUUAUUUCAAAUAAAUUUGUAAAACUUC